AUGAGAUUUUAUUUUCAAGAUAAAGCUGCUGGAAACUUUGCAACAAAAUGCAUUCGGGUCUCUAGUACGGCCACCACGCAAGACGUGAUCGAGACGCUGGCAGAGAAAUUCCGCCCUGACAUGCGGAUGCUGUCGUCCCCCAAGUACUCCCUCUACGAAGUUCACGUCAGCGGAGAAGAAAGAAGAUUGGAUGUAGAUGAGAAACCCCUUGUUGUGCAGUUGAAUUGGAAUAAAGACGAUCGAGAGGGCAGGUUCGUUCUUAAGAAUGAGAACGAUGCCCUUCCUCCUAAGAAGGCUCAAAGCAAUGGACCUGAAAAGCAGGAGAAAGAAGGUGUUAUCCAGAACUUCAAGAGAACUCUCUCCAAGAAAGAGAAGAAGGAGAAAAAGAAGAGAGAGAAAGAGGCAGUGAGGCAGGCAUCUGAGAAAGAUGAUCGGCCUUUCCAAGGGGAUGACCUCGAGAAUUCCCGACUGGCCGCCGAGGUUUACAAAGACAUGCCCGAGACCAGCUUCACUCGCACGAUCUCCAACCCCGAGGUGGUCAUGAAGCGCCGGCGGCAGCAGAAGCUGGAGAGGCGGAUGCAGGAGUUUCGGAGCUCGGACGGGCGGCCGGAUUCAGGUGGAACACUGAGAAUUUAUGCAGAUAGCUUAAAACCGAACAUUCCCUACAAGACAAUCCUGCUGUCCACCACGGAUCCUGCUGACUUUGCUGUGGCCGAGGCUCUAGAGAAAUACGGUCUGGAGAAGGAGAACCCUAAAGAUUACUGCAUCGCCCGGGUUAUGCUGCCUCCUGGAGCCCAGCAUUCGGAUGAAAACGGUGCUAAAGAAACGAUCCUCGAUGAUGACGAGUGUCCUUUACAGAUCUUCAGGGAGUGGCCAACUGACCGAGGGGUUUUAGUCUUUCAGUUGAAGAGGAGGCCGCCAGACUACGUCCCGAAGAAAACGAAGAAACAUGUUGACGGGAAGCUGGUGAAAGGGAAAGAGAGAGCCGAGGGUUCCGGCUACGGCUCAGCACUUCCGCCUGAGAAGUUGCCCUACCUGGUGGAGCUCAGCCCAGGGAGAAGGAGUCACUUUGCCUACUACAGCUAUCACACUUACGAAGAUGGUUCUGACUCCAGGGACAAGCCCAAGCUUUACCGCCUUCAGUUGAGCGUUACUGAGGUCGGGACAGAGAAGUUCGAGGAGAACUCCAUCCAGCUGUUUGGAUCAGGAAUUCAGCCCCAUCACUGUGACCUCACAAACAUGGAUGGAGUUGUCACCGUGACUCCGAGAAGCAUGGACGCCGAGACGUACGUGGAAGGACAGCGUAUCUCCGAGACAACCAUGCUGCAGAGUGGGAUGAAAGUGCAGUUUGGGGCGUCACACGUGUUCAAGUUUGUGGACCCCAGCCAGGACCACGCAGUGGCCAAGAGACCCGUGGAUGGAGGCCUGACGGCCAAGGGCCCCAGACAGAAGCCUGGAAUUGUUCAGGAGACAACUUUCGAUUUGGGGGGAGAUGUUCACAGCGGGGCAGCGCUGCCAGCGAGCAAGAGCGCCACCAGGCUGGACAGCGACAGGGCACUGCCUGCCCCCAGCACGGCCGAGCGCGGGACAGUGAAGCCGAUGCUGAGACUGGAGCAGCAGGACUACCGCCGGCAAGAAAACAGAACUCAGGAUGCUCUUGGGCCUGAACUCAUACUGCCUGCAAGCAUUGAAUUCAGGGAAAGUUCUGAAGAUUCAUUUUUAUCUGCCAUUAUAAAUUAUACUAAUAGCUCUACAGUCCAUUUUAAGUUGUCACCUACAUAUGUAUUAUAUAUGGCAUGUCGGUAUGUAUUGUCGAGCCAGUACAGACCCGAUGUCAGUCCUACAGAGCGUACUCACAAAGUGAUUGCCAUAGUCAACAAGAUGGUGAGCAUGAUGGAGGGGGUGAUUCAGAAACAGAAGAAUAUCGCAGGGGCACUUGCUUUCUGGAUGGCCAAUGCAUCUGAGCUUCUCAACUUCAUUAAGCAGGACCGAGAUCUUAGUCGAAUCACAUUGGACGCCCAAGAUGUUUUAGCACACUUGGUUCAAAUGGCGUUUAAAUAUCUGGUUCAUUGUCUUCAGUCAGAACUGAAUAACUACAUGCCGGCUUUUCUGGAUGACCCUGAAGAGAACAGUCUACAAAGACCAAAAAUAGAUGACGUCUUGCACACGCUCACGGGAGCGAUGGCACUGCUGAGGCGCUGCAGGGUCAAUGCUGCUCUGACCAUCCAGCUUUUCUCUCAGCUCUUCCACUUCAUCAACAUGUGGCUCUUCAACAGAUUGGUGACCGACCCCGAGUCGGGACUGUGCUCUCACUAUUGGGGGGCGAUCAUCCGCCAGCAGCUGGGGCACGUGGAAGCCUGGGCAGAGAAGCAGGGAUUAGAGCUGGCGGCCGACUGUCACCUGAGCCGGAUAGUGCAGGCGACCACUUUGCUCACCAUGGAUAAAUACGCUCCUGAGGACACCCCAAAUAUCAACAGCACCUGCUUUAAGUUAAAUUCACUGCAGCUGCAGGCCUUGCUACAGAAUUACCACUGUGCGCCCGAUGAGCCCUUUAUCCCCACGGACCUGAUAGAGAAUGUCGUGGCCGUGGCCGAAAACACGGCCGACGAGCUGGCACGCAGUGAUGGGCGGGAGGUGCAGCUGGAAGAGGACCCUGAUCUGCAGCUGCCUUUUCUUUUGCCGGAAGACGGCUAUUCUUGUGACGUCGUCAGGAACGUUCCAAACGGUUUACAAGAAUUUCUGGACCCUCUGUGCCAGAGAGGGUUUUGCAGGUUAAUUCCUCAUGCACGUUCACCAGGUACUUGGACGAUAUAUUUUGAAGGUGCAGAUUAUGAGAGCCAUCUUCUGCGUGAGAACACAGAGCUGGCUCAGCCUCUGCGGAAAGAACCUGAAAUAAUCACUGUGACUCUCAAAAAGCAAAACGGAAUGGGCCUCAGCAUUGUCGCGGCAAAGGGUGCUGGUCAAGAUAAACUUGGAAUCUAUGUCAAGUCUGUCGUAAAAGGAGGUGCUGCAGAUGUGGAUGGGCGCCUGGCCGCAGGUGACCAGCUCCUCAGUGUGGAUGGACGAAGUCUGGUAGGACUCUCUCAGGAAAGGGCAGCAGAACUCAUGACAAGGACCAGUUCCGUGGUGACACUGGAAGUAGCCAAGCAAGGAGCGAUCUACCACGGCCUGGCCACCCUGCUCAAUCAGCCGUCCCCGAUGAUGCAGAGAGUUUCAGACCGUCGUGGCUCAGGUAAACCCCGACCAAAGAGCGAAGGUUUCGAGCUCUAUAACAAUUCAGCUCAAAACGGGUCACCCGAGAGCCCUCAGCUGCCUUGGGCAGAAUACAGCGAACCGAAGAAGCUCCCUGGCGAUGACAGGCUGAUGAAGAACCGGGCUGACCACCGCUCCAGCCCCAACGUGGCAAAUCAGCCCCCCAGUCCCGGAGGGAAAAGCACGUACGCCCCUGGAGCAGCCGCUAAGAUCACGUCCGUCUCCACCGGAAACCUCUGCACUGAGGAGCAGACCCCUCCACCUCGACCUGAGGCCUACCCCAUCCCCACCCAGACGUACACCAGGGAGUACUUCACCUUCCCGGCCUCCAGGUCCCAGGACCGCGUGGCUCCCCCUCAGAACCAGUGGCCCAAUUACGAGGAGAAGCCGCACGUGCACACAGAUGGUCAUCAGUCCGGCCCCGCGAUGCAGCGCGUCACCCGCUCCCAGGAGGAACUUCGGGAGGAUAAAGCUUACCAACUCGAGCGGCAUCGGCUGGAGGCGGUGCUGGAUCGCAAGUCCGACAGUGACGUGUGGAUCCAGCCGAGCUCCUCGGUGGGCUCCAGCACGUCCAGCCAGGAGCACCUGGACCCCUGCUCCAAGUCGGGCACCCCCGCCUCCACGCUGACCAAGAGCGGCCCCGGGCGCUGGAAGACGCCAGCCUCCGCGCAGCCCCUGCCAGCGGCCCCCCCGCCUGCGCAGACAGACCUGCCCCCGCCGCCCCCACCGCCCCCCGCGCACUACGCCGGAGACUUCGACGGGAUCCCCGUGGACCUGCCCCUCCCGCCCCCUCCCAGCGGCCAGGCGGCGGCGGAGCGGAGAAAACGGGAGGAGCAGCAGCGCUGGUACGAGAAGGAGAAGGCCCGCCUGGAGGAGGAGCGGGACAGGAAGCGCCGGGAGCAGGAGCGGAAGCUGGGCCAGAUGCGCUCCCAGGCCCUGAACCCGGCCGCGUUCUCCCCAGUGGCCGUCGCGCACACGAAGCCGGAGAAACCUUCCACGCUCCAGAGGCCCCAGGACACGGUCAUCCGGGAGCUGCAGCCCCAGCAGCAGCCACGCACCAUCGAGCGCCGAGACUUGCAGUACAUCACGGUCAGCAAAGAGGAGCUGUCCUCGGGGGACAGCCUGUCCCCCGACCCCUGGAAGCGGGAUGCCAGGGAGAAGCUGGAGAAGCAGCAGCAAAUGCACAUCGUGGACAUGCUGAGCAGGGAGAUCCGGGAGCUCCAGAGCAAGCCCGAGCGCAGCGCCGAGGACAGCGACCGCCUGCGCAAGCUCAUGCUGGAGUGGCAGUUCCAGAAGAGACUGCAGGAGUCCAAGCAGAAGGACGAGGACGACGAGGAGGAGGAGGACGACGACGUGGACACCAUGCUGAUCAUGCAGCGCCUCGAGGCUGAGCGGAGAGCAAGGGACGAGGAGCGGCGGCGGCAGCGGCAGCUGGACGACAUGCGCAGGCGGGAAGCGGAGGACCGCGCCAGGCAGGAGGAGGAGAGGACGAAGCGAGACGCCGAAGACAAGAGGCGACAGGAAGAAGGUUAUUACAGCCGCCUGGAAGCCGAGAGGCGCAGACAGCACGCGGAGGCCGAGCGCAGGCUGCUGGAGCCGGAGGAGCCGGGCCUGGGCAGACCGCCGCUGCCGCGGGGCUACGAGCUCCCGGCCCCGUCCUCCCCGGCGGCUGCUCCUCCUCCCCCACCUCAGCGGACCGCCUCCUCCCUGCAGGCCCCGGCCCUGUCCCCAGACUCCCUGUACACCGCCAGGCUCGUUGCGUACCACGAGGAGGAGGAGGAGGAGGACUGCAGUCUGGCAGGACCAAACUCUUCCGUGGGAUCUUCCGGGGCAGCGAUCGGUGCCCGUGACGGCUCCCGGGACCCGAGAGAGAAGCUGGCGAAAAGCCAUGAUGCAGAUUUACCUGGAAAUUCCGGAGCCCCUGAGAACUUGACAUUCAAAGAGCGCCAGCGGCUGUUCUCACAAGGUCAAGAUGUGUCCAAUAAAGUGAAAGCCUCUCGUAAAUUAACAGAACUGGAAAACGAACUGAACACAAAGUGA